AUGGAUUCAGACCUGGCAAAUGCUGGGUUCACCCAUGUGUGGCUACCCCCCGUCUCCCACUCAGUUGCACCCCAAGGCUAUAUGCCAGGAAGAUUGUAUGAUCUGGACGCAUCCAAAUACGGAAAUGAACAGGAACUGAAGUCAUUAGUUAAGGCUUUCCGUGACAAGGGCAUCAAAUGCGUUGCUGAUAUUGUAAUAAACCACAGAUGUGCUGAUAAACAAGACAGCAGAGGUAUAUAUUGCAUAUUUGAGGGAGGGACUUCUGAUGAUCGCCUUGACUGGGGGCCGUCAUUCAUCUGCAAAGACGACACACAGUAUUCAGAUGGCACUGGGAACCCUGAUACCGGAGAUGACUUUAAACCUGCUCCAGACAUUGACCAUCUCAAUCCCAGAGUACAAAAGGAGUUAUCAGACUGGAUGAACUGGCUCAAGACUGAAAUUGGAUUUGAUGGUUGGCGGUUUGACUUUGUCAAGGGAUAUUCCGAUGGAAAGUUGGAUUAUAAUCAGGACCGGCAUCGGAAUGAACUGAUGCAGUGGGUUCAGAAUGCGGGAGGGAGAGUUACAGCUUUCGAUUUCACAACAAAGGGAAUUCUUCAAGCUGCAGUGCAGGGAGAAUUGUGGAGAUUGAAGGAUUCUAAUGGAAAACCUCCUGGAAUGAUGGGUAUUUUGCCACAGAAUGCUGUUACUUUUAUUGACAAUCAUGAUACAGGAUCCACACAGAAAAUUUGGCCAUUUCCAUCUGAUAAAGUCAGUCUAGGAUAUGCUUAUAUUCUUACUCAUCCAGGGAUUCCAUCAGUAUUCUACGAUCAUUUCUUUGAUUGGGGGAAGAAGGACGAAAUCACUAAACUGUCAAUGAUUAGGUCAAGGAAUGGCAUCUCACCAACUAGCAAAGUGCAGAUUAUGGCUUCUGAUUCUGAUCUCUAUGUAGCAAUGAUUGAUGAUAAAAUUAUUGUCAAAAUUGGACCAAAGAUGGAUCUUGGAAAUCUAAUUCCACCAAAUUUUCAGGUUGCAACCUCUGGAAUAGACUACGCUGUUUGGGAGAAAAAUAUGUAA